AUGGAGUGGCCAACUUCAUACCAUGCAGCAACAGCGACGGAACACUCAAUAGUCACACCGUCCUCUGCAACGACCAUGGCUUCCAUUGUUGACGUAAACAAGAUGAAAAUCGGCUACUUUAGCAAUGAGUUUCCCCACGACGACCUCAAGACUCUGUGCCGGCGACUCUACAAACACAGUAAGGACAAGCGGUACACAUUACUCGCGCGCUUCAUCCAUGAGGCCACUCUGGCUGUCCGUGACGAGAUCCGCCAGCUGCCGGCGCAGCUCCGCGGGCUUGUAAAACCCUUCGAGACCGCCUUCGACCUGGCCGACGACACGGUACUCCGCAGCGGGGCCCUCGGGGGUUCUAUUGACGGAGUGCUGCUCUGCGUCGUGCAGUUGUCUAUAUUCAUCGGGCACUAUGAGAACGCUACCGGGUGUGAGAGCUAUGAUUUCCACAGCACCGACGCAUGCCUCACGGGCUUAGGUGUCGGACUCUUGGCCACGGUGGCAGUGUCACUUGCACCCACACUCGCUGAUCUGCCUUUGACUGGUGCCAGUGUAAUUCGGACGGCUUUCCGACUCGGCGUUGUCGUCGACGAGGUAUCACAGAACCUUCAUCCACGUCCCGCAGAAGGGCCAGGAGACAGCUGGGCUUAUGUAGUACCUAGUGUCACGGGUGAGGAUGCACAGAGGCAGCUGGACAUUUUUCAUGCAGCAGAGAAUACGCCUCAGCCUAACAAGAUCUUCAUCAGCGCUCUAAGCCGCUCUUCGGUGACGGUCAGCGGUCCGCCCACCCGGCUGAAGCAACUCUUCCUUGUGUCUGAUUUCUUUCGGGAUCGCGAUUGGGUAGCGCUUCCGGUGUACAGCGGUUUGUGCCACGCGGCGCACAUAUAUACUUCAGCGCACAUCGAAAGAAUCAUCAAAACAGAGUCGAUGGAGUGGCUGGACGAACGCUUCUCGCCGGGCGUACCCAUCUUCUCCACUUCCACCGGCCGUCAGUUCCCUGCUAAGAGCGCGGGCUCUUUAUUACAAGUUAUAAUCGAGGAGAUCCUCACGCAAGCAAUUAAGUGGGACAAUGUGGUCAAAGGCGUGGUGGAGAGAGCGACGGACGUGGCAGCGUCUGAGUGUCAACUACUCGUUUUCCGCACCUCGCUUCCCACGCGAGACCUGAUCAAGGCCCUCGAAGGAACCGACCAGCAAGGUGUGAGCAUCCGCACGAUUUUGAAGGAUCUAGUGCCAUGGGUAAGCAAGGCCGACGCUGCCAGUCCGCGACAACAACCCAGAGGCACCGAGCAGGCCAAGAUUGCCAUCGUGGGCAUGUCUUGUCGCUUGCCCGAUGGAGCAACCGACACGGAGAAGUUUUGGGAGUUAUUAGACGCAGGGCUGGAUGUCCACCGUGAGAUACCCGCCGAUCGAUUCGACGUUGGUACACAUAGCGACCCAACAGGCAAGAGGCUCAAUACUAGUCUUACACCCUACGGCUGUUUCAUCGAUAACCCAGGAUUAUUCGAUGCGCCAUUUUUUAAUAUGUCGCCUAGAGAGGCAUUGCAGACUGAUCCUAUGCAGCGAUUAGCUAUUGUGACUGCCUAUGAGGCCCUUGAGCGCGCGGGCUACGUUGCAAACCGUACAGCGUCGACGCAAGGGGAGCGUAUAGGCACUUUUUACGCACAGGCCAGUGAUGACUAUCGUGAGGUCAACUCAGCUCAGGAGAUCGGUACCUAUUUCAUUACGGGUGGUUGCCGCGCCUUUGGGCCCGGUAGGAUCAACUACUUUUUCAAGUUCGCUGGCCCAAGCUAUAGCAUUGAUACGGCAUGUUCGUCAGGAUUGGCCACUAUCCAAAUUGCGUGUAACUCUCUUUGGAAUGGCGAUACCGAUAUGGCAGUAGCGGGUGGUAUGAACGUGCUCACUAAUUCGGAUGCCUUCGCGGGACUUAGCAACGGGCAUUUUCUUUCCAAAACACCUAAUGCGUGCAGAACAUGGGAUAGUGAAGCAGACGGAUACUGUCGUGCCGACGGAGUAGUGUCGGUGGUAAUGAAGCGUCUCGAAGACGCACAAGCCGACAAUGAUAAUAUUCUUGGAGUUAUCCUUGCAGCUGGUACGAAUCAUUCAGCCGAUGCAAUAUCCAUCACGCACCCUCACGCGGGCCACCAAGCCGAUCUAACACAGUCGCUAUUGCGACGGGCCGCCGUGGAUCCUCUUGACGUAAGCUUUGUCGAGAUGCACGGUACAGGCACGCAAGCUGGGGAUGCACAGGAGAUCCAGUCUGUUACCAAUAUCUUUGCCCCAUUAGAGACACGUCGUCGAUCGUUAAAGCAACCUCUGUACAUCGGUGCGGUUAAGUCCAAUGUAGGGCAUGGUGAGGCGGUAGCGGGCACUACUGCACUGCUCAAAGUACUGUUGAUGUUUGAGAAGGAGGCGAUCCCGCCGCACGUAGGCAUAAAAACUGCCAUCAACCCGGGCUUCCCUCAGGCACAGGAACUGGAGCGCAGAAACUUGCACAUACCAUUUGAGAAAGUGGCCUGGCAGCGCAGCCAUGAGCGUCGGCGCAUCGCUGUUGUCAACAACUUCAGCGCGGCUGGCGGUAACACGAGCAUCAUCAUCGAGGAGCCACCGCUACGGGAACUUACAGAAGACGUUGAUCCACGUGCGAGCCAUUUGGUCGUGGUGUCAGCCAAAAGCAAGGCUUCACUCAAGGGCAAUCUUGAGCGUAUGGUUGCCUAUCUGGACGCGCAUCCAGACGUGUCGAUACCAGGUCUGGCUUACACCACCACGGCGCGGCGCCACCACCAUAACCAUCGUGUUGCUGUGUCAUUAACCGUAGGGAUAUCUUCGUCGUCAGUAUCGGGUGCGGCCGGGUCCCUUAAAAAGCAGCUAGAAUCACAAAUACGGUCUGCCGAUUCGCACAAACCCAUCCCACCCACGGGUCCGCCGCCGGUGGUCUUCGCUUUCACGGGCCAGGGCGUCUCGCACCGUUCCAUGGAUUUGCAGUUGUUCCGCAACGCACCAGAGUUCCGCGCACAACUCUUGCACCUGGACUCUCUGGCACAGAGCCAGGGUUUCCCAUCGUUCAUCCCCGCCAUCGACGGCAGCCACGCACAGGACUAUACACACUCGCCCGUUGUCACGCAACUCGCCUUGGUUUGUGUUGAGAUAGCCCUCGCCAAGUACUGGGCAUCGCUCGGUAUACGCCCAGACGUCGUCAUCGGGCACAGCCUGGGUGAAUACGCGGCAUUGCAGGUCGCCGGCGUGCUCUCCGCUGCAGACGCCAUUUUCCUUGUCGGAAGCCGUGCCGCUCUUCUGGAGCGGAGAUGCAACACUGGGAGCCACAAGAUGGUAGCUGUGCGCGCGUCGGCGGACGCUGUGCGCGAGAAGGUCAAGCCUAAGGUCUUGCCAUUCGAAGUCGCCUGCAUCAAUGGACCCAACGACACCGUUCUUAGUGGACCAUCUGCCGACAUGGAUGCGUUGGUAAAUAUGCUGCAGGCCUCCGAUAGCAACUCUGUCGGGUUGAAGUGCUUCACUUUGGACGUAGCCUUUGCUUUUCACUCGUCGCAAACGGAUCCUAUCUUGGAUGAGUUCGAGGAUCUGGCGCGGAAGGGCGUCCUUUUCCAGCCACCCACCAUUCCCAUUGUGUCGCCUCUGCUUGGACGUGUUAUCUUUGAUGAAAAGACAGUCAAUGCAAACUAUAUGUGCCGGGCAACCCGUGAGACAGUCGACUUUGUAGCUGCCAUCGAGGCUGCGUGCCGCACUGGCACCAUCGAUGAUACCAUGGCGUGGAUCGAAAUCGGCCCACACCCUGUGUGCAUUGGCCUGGCCCGCAGUAUUCUAUCAUCUUCAUGGUCGUUAUCAGCAGCAGUGCCCUCUCUGCGGAGGGGUGAGGACAACUGGCAGACACUGAGCUACAGUUUGGGUGUGUUGUAUGAGGCUGGCGUGCCGGUCGACUUUGACGAAUUCCAUUCUCCGUUUCAGCAUACGCUGCGGUUGAUAGAUCUGCCUACAUACGCAUGGAAUGACAAAAACUACUGGAUCCAAUACAACGGGGACUGGGCACUGACUAAGGGCAACACUUUCUACGACAAGGAGAAGCAGGAGACGGCAGCAGCUAACAAGAACCCGCUGGCUGCGGCUCACUCCAGCCUGCAAACGUCGCUGGUCCAUCGAGUCGUCAACGAGUCAUUCAUUGGCAAUGCCGGUCAUGUCGUCGUGCAAUCCGACGUGAUGCAAGCCGACUUCCUAGCUGCUGCAUGGGGCCACAAGAUGAAUAAUGCGGGUGUCUUGACGUCGUCUAUCCAUGCCGACGUCGCGUUCACACUCGGCAAGUAUCUGUUCGAAAAUCUUCGGCCGGGCGCCGCCACAGGAGGUGCCUUGGUGGAUAUGGAGGUGUACAAUAUGGUCGUACGUGAGGGCAUCGUCGCCCAGAAGAAUACCAAGGUGCCGCAGCUGAUCCAGGUCUCCAUUUCGACCCCGGACAUUGGCUUAGGUGUUGCCUACCUAGAGUGGCACAAUCUCACAUCUGAUGGCCUCUCCGUCGUCGAGGCAGAGCCUGUGGUAACCGCUCAGAUUCGGUAUGGGUCGUCAGCCGACUCACUCGCCGGCUGGGUGCCUACAACACACCUCAUACUCGGGCGAAUCGAAGCGCUCGAGCGGCUUGCCGACCAAGGAAUGGCUAACCGGCUAUCGCAUAACAUGGCAUAUUUGCUUUUUGCCAACAACCUUGUCGAUUACGCGGACAAAUAUCGAGGGAUGCAGUCAGUCGUAAUGCAAGGGCUCGAAGCGUUUGCCGACAUUUCAAUAAAACUGGAUAAAGGAGGCGUUUGGAUAGUGCCACCUUUCUAUAUCGAUAGUGUCUGCCAUCUUGCUGGCUUCGUUAUGAACGUUUCUGAUGCAAUCGACACGAACAACAACUUCUGCGUUACACCCGGCUGGAAAUCGUUCCGCAUUGCUCGACCUCUUAUUGCUGGUGGAAAGUACCGCUCGUACGUUAAGAUGAUACCUACCAUAGAGGACCCCAGCGUGUAUCAUGGUGACGUCUACAUCCUACAAGAUAAAGAAAUCAUCGGCGUUAUGCAAGCCAUGAAGUUUCGUCGUUAUCCCCGCGUACUGCUCAACCGCUUCUUUUCGGCUGUUGAUGUCUGUCAUCCUGGGACAGGCACUACAAGCGAGGCUCUAUUCCCAGCUUCUAAGGUCAGCAAGAUAGCGAACCAAACUCUACCACCGACUCAGGAAAAGGCGGUGCAGCCGCAAUUAGUAGCCAGCCCAGCGCCAAAGCGGGAGCUAAACACCACGGAAAUAGCACCUACCCCGGCGAUUGCCGCCUCCGCUGCCGCUGCCACCGCGGACUCGGACAGUACUACCGCAAAGGCCAUUGCCCUUUUGGCUACCGAAGCCGCGCUAGAAAUCACAGAUCUUGUUGAUGAUGCCAGUUUUGCCAACUUGGGAAUAGACAGUUUGAUGAGUCUCGUGAUAGCUGAGAAAUUACGCGAACAGCUUGGAGUUACGGUUAGUGGCAGUCUGUUCUUAGAAUAUCCGACCGUCGGAGAUUUACGCGCUUGGUUGAUGGAGUACUAUAGUUAG